AUGGCCGAAAACGACUUGCAUAAUCAGCCAAUUCUCAAGGCAAUUUGUUCUAAUAACGUAGUUCUGGAAGGGUAUUAUUAACAUAGAAGAUCCAAAACAAUUCCAGCUGCCAUCCUAAUCAAGGAUGAAUAUAUUGUGGAAAUAAUCGAAUUACUCGACACCUCUCAAAUUCCAGAAAUUAUGCCCAGCUACUCUGAAUACACAUGAAUUAGUUAUGGAGACCUUUACAUCAGCCCCGGCAUAAUUGAUUUAAAUGCGUGUUUUAACGAAGAAGUCAGUUCAGAGCUUGAAGGAGAUGCUUUAGACAGUGAAAACCCAGUAAAUCCUUCAAUGAUUGAAGAUUGAGAAGGCUAUGAGUCAGGGACUAAAGCUUCAAUAUCAGGAGGAGUCACUACAGUUAUUGAAUCUCCUUCUCUUGCAAGAUCUACAUUAACAACAUUAAAUGACUAUCUUAUGAAGCUUAAUAACUUGAGCAAUAUAAAUUUGUAUUGUGAUAUUGGGUUUUUAGCAUUUAUUGAUCCUAAUAGCCUCAGUGAAAUAAGUAACUUAUCUCGCUCAGGUAUUGUAGGGUUUAAAGUUUACAUGAUACCUCCUUUUGGAGACCUCAAGUAUUUUACUACUGAAAACUUGCCUUUACUUUUUCAAGAAGUCAGCCAAUAUCCGAAGCCACUUUUUAUACACCCUGAGAAAACUUCAGAAAGAUUCCUUUAUAUGAGUUCACCUUUUAGGCAAUACGGGUUAGAUAGAAGAAAAAUCAGGACAAUGCCAGCUGCACUUUUAUUUGCAGCGUCAUUGCCUGAGGAAUCUUCGCCGACUUCUUCUGAUUCUUCAAGCUCGUCUUCGUCAAGCUCAAGUGGUGAAGGCGAACUUGAAGAAAAAAAGAAGUUUGAAGGAAAAAUCAAAAAAGAAAGCGAAAAUUUUGAGUGCUUAAUUAAAGCAGAAAUUAACACUUAUUCACAUUCAGGAAACACCAUUUACAACUCAGAAGUUAAAAACCCCCAAGAAACCCCAGAAAUUCCUAAAUUUUCAAUAAAUCAAACAAAUUUUAAUAAUUUUAGGUCUCCGGAUUUUGAACAAAAUUUUUUGAAACCUACACAGAUUAAGCCAGUUAACCCAGAAUUAAGAAGAAACUCGUGGAGGCCUCCACCAAUAGACUGUGAAAAAAUAGAGCACCCAGACCAAGCAGAUUAUCGAGUUUUCCUUUCAAAUUCUCCUCAGCAAUGAGAAACAAAUGGAAUCCAAAGCGUUUUAUCCGAAUUAAAAAAUUUUCCAAAUGUUAAAGUCCACAUCUCCUCAGUCAGCUCUGCAAAUGCAGUCUACGCGGUUCGAAAAGCCAAACUUGAGUGCCCAGAGCUAUCACUCACAUGUGAGACUUGCGGAAUUUAUAUACACUUUUCAAUGAACCAUAUAAGAGAUGGUGAUACAAGAUUUAAAGCACAUCCUCCUAUAAGAGAAGAAAAAAAUAGGCAACUUAUAUUGGAUUUACUGAGAAUGGGAAGCAUAGACACAGUGACAUCUUAUCAUCAGCCAGUCAAGCCUGCAUUAAAGAAUAUCAGUAAUGGGGAUUUUCAAAAAGCAGUUAGUGGAGUAAGCAGCAUUGGACUUACUUUACAAUGCUGCUAUGGAGCUAUUAGAAAUGACCCAAGAGAAGAUGCUGUGAAAUUGGCACAGAUUUUAAGCAUGAAACCAGCAGAAAUUGCAGGCAUUGAGAAAGUGAAAGGGAGCAUAGCAGUUGGAAAGUUUGCGGAUUUUUUUGUGUGGAAUCCUUAUGAGACUGAUGUGCAGAAUUGUCAGUAUAUGAGACAUCCUUCUGUGUCUCCUUUUGUGGGCGAAAGAUUGGCAGGAAAAGUCUUAGUUACCUAUCUUACAUCGGUCAUUAUUUAGAAAGGGAAAUUUUUUAGUUUUAUUUUAGUUUCGUUUGUGUAUUUAUUAAAUUUUUUUGGUGAAAAAUAAAUGAAAAAGAAUUUAGAGGAAAAAUUGCUUAAUCCUCUCUGUAAGAGAACAAAACAUUGGAAAAAUCCAUUUUUGAGAAAUUAACUCCUCCACAAUCGAGAAAAAAAAUUUUUUAAUAAAUACUUUGAUAUAUAUAUAUAGUAAUAUUAUAAUGAAAUAUCUAGAUAAUUUUAUUAUAGAUAAAUAUAUAUUUUGUAGUCAGAUUCUCCAUAUUUGUUGUUAGUUAAUCAAUUAGUGCUUAAAAUCACAAAUUUUAUAAAUUAAAUCAGAUUUUUCCUUCAAAAUUGAUUUUAAAAAAUUUAUAUGAAAACAAAAAAUUUUUUGCUUGCGGAGGGGGGUUAUAGAGAAGGAGAAUUCUUCGCAAACGGAAGAGCAUUAUAA